GUAACAGACAACUUGAAUGGCACGAAGCAAACAGAGAAGAAAAAAACCUGUCGGUUUAGUUCCUGGUUGCAUAAAGUCAAGAAUCAUCUGUUCAGAUUGUUGUUUUUGUCAUCUGUUGGCGAAAGGGUCGUUUUAUUUGGAACGAAAUGUUCAAAAGCUUCGGGACGUGGUUGGGUUUGGAGGACCAGACGUACACGAAGAAGUCGGAGGACACAGAAAAGCUGAAUGUGGAGCAGGAAGAAAGGGUGGUGGAAGCACAAAACGAGGUAAACCAACAACAACCAGCUGACCAGGAUGGAGAACCAGAGGCCAAACAAGAAGAAAACUCUGAACUCGGGAAAGGACUCGGGGAUUACAUCUUCAGUUUUGCCACCAGUGCCACCAGGAAGAUCUCUGAUUCCGUGGUAGAGACGGCGCAGAGCAUCAAGAAGACUGUGGAAGAAGGGAAGAUCGACGGCAUCAUAGACAAGACUUUCCUUGGAGACUUUCAGAAGGAGCAAGAGAAGUUUGUCCAAGGGAAGAAGGCAAAAAAAUCAGAAGCGGCGGUGCCUCCCUGGGUCGGCUACAACGAGGAGGAGACGAUUCAGCAACAGAUCCUCGCUCUGUCCGCCGACAAGAGAAACUUCUUGCGAGACCCCCCCGCUGGUGUUCAGUUCCACUUCGACAUGGAGCAGAUGUAUCCUCUGGCUGCAGUGAUGCUGGAAGAAGACCAGCUCCUCAACUGCAUGCGCUUUGACCUGGUCCCAAAACAUGUGAAGGAGGAGGUGUUCUGGAGGAAUUAUUUCUACCGGGUGUCUCUGGUGAAGCAGUCGGCCCAGCUGACCGCGCUGGCAGCCCAGCAGCAGCAGAAGGACGGCGAGGACAGAGCGGCCAGUGUUUCCCCCGAGGACGUCGUUCUAACAGAUAAUGUCAGACCAAAAACACCACCAGUUUCCAUCAGCAACAUACAGGAUCCCCGUCAGGAGGAGGAGGAGGAGGAGAUGUCGACCAGCCCCGGAGUGUCGGAGUUUGUGAGUGAUGCUUUCGACUCAACAGGCAUCGACCAGGAGGACCUGAGGAAAGAGAUGGAGCAGCUGGUGCUGGAUAAGAAGAAGAGCGCCCCUUCUCCUGAUGACGAGUCCGCCGACUGGGAGAAGGAGCUGCAGCAGGAGCUCCAGGAGUACGAGGUGGUGAGCGGCUCCGACAACAAAGACGACCAAUGGGAUCAGGAGAUCGAGAAGAUGCUCCAGGCCGACGACUGCUAGACGAUCGCUGUGGGUUCAGCGAUCUCGCCCAGGAGGGGGGGGAAGUGACCGUGAUGCACAAGAGCAGGACCUUCCACAUUCCCCCCCCCCCCCCCCCCCCCCCCCCCCCCCCCCCCCCCCCCCCCCCCCCCCCCCCCCCCCCCCCCCCACCCCUCACACAACUGUGAUUAGUAUCUUUUAAACAUUCUCCUGUACCGGAGGAAGGUGUAGAUUCAUUAAUAGCAAAGGGUAUGCUCAGUAGGGCUACACGAUAUGAGGAAAAUACACAAUUACGUUGUUGAAUAUUAAAAGGCAGAUAACAGUGGACUCGGUUCAAAAUUUCUGCUGCGUGCAGUGUUCUGCUAAAAAAAAAAGAAAUUGAACAAAUUGAAUUGAAUAUAAAAAGGCACAACAAAAAAGAGUCUUUCCCGAUGUGUUUAUUGUGCCAGGUGAAAUCGGGAUUAAAAAGUUCAGGCGUAUUUAUAAAGUGCUACUUUAUUGCUCCCUCCUAAAUUAGUUUCCUCUACUUGCUUUCCCAAACCCUCUCUCUCUCUCUCUCUCUCUCUCUCUCUCUCUCUCUCUCUCUCUCUCUCUCUCUCUCUCUCUCGCGCUAGAGGGCGCUCCAGUGCAGUGGGUUUUAUAAUGGAGGGGGCUUGUUUUAAAAUGACAUGACAUUAUUUCACACUGCUGCUUUCUGGUGGGGUGUACAGUAUAGUCUGGGUAUAGUUAUAGUUAAAUGUAAAGUUCCAUGUAUGUAAAUAAAGAGGAUUUCUAACACUAUACUUCAAGUUGCAUUCCUCUUUCAUUACAUCUCCUCAUCAUCUAUCAUUUUGCAUUUUCUAUCGUGGUUUCACAAACUCCUGUGUGCACGUCUGCUUUGUUUCUGAAAUGCAGGAUAUUUUCUGUUUAACCCCUUGUUUUUCAAUAUGUAUUUGUUCUUGAUUAACAAAAAAGAAAACAUGAUUGCAUCAAGCAAUCAGCCA